AUGCAAUACACAAGAUGUGUUGGGCAGGGUGAAUUGGCAUACCGCGGGGGGGGGGGGGGGGACGUGAUUCCUGAGGUCGGCGAACGAGAAAUCGAAGAAUGGUGUCAUCGCUUUGUGAAAGAUCCGUCAAAAAUCAAGAGUUUCUCACUUGACCGAGUGGUGGCCAACAUGGACACAGUGUGGGUCGAAGGGCAAUUACGCGCCCUGCUAGCAUCAACUCAAUACAAGGGUGUGCUUCACACAUCGUUUCCAGUAACCCAUACUAAGGUCGUGGUGCAGAACCAGCCUAAAACGAACAAGUUAAUGACGAGUAUGAAGAAAUUAUUCUUGGGAAAGAAAAAGUAUGAGGUCGUGCAGUCGGUUUGGCCCUUUGCGUCCGCCAAAAACGGUGAUGACGGGAGAAGAUGUGCCGUGCAAAGCGAGGAGGCAUGGUGGCGGGAGUGGCGCGACCCCAUCAAACACGCCAUCUCGCAAAAGGGACAAAAGGGCGCCUAUGUGACGAACGAAGACAAGUUAGAAGCGCUGAUGGAGGGCAAAGGCUGGGGUGUUUCUUCAAUCGACUGGGGCAGAGACGACACGGUAGAUAAGCCCGAGGAAGUCGAGUUGGAUGGUUAA